ACAAUAGUCCCGUUAGCUUCAGUGUGGACUGAGCAGGAAGUGGGUCGUGUUGUGGUGUCUGAGCUGAGUCUCUGAGCUGUUGGAGUAACAAUGCCUUCAGUUCAGUAUCUGAGAGAGUUUAUCAACGAGCGGCUAACUGCUGCUGCUGAAGAAAUAUUCACAGAGUUUGAAAAAACGAUCGUCCAGUACGAGGAAGAGAUCGACCGUCAGCGCAGACUGCUGGAUAUCACCUGGAAACCCGAAAUAAAGCUGCACACAGAUCACCCACAGCAGCAUGUCUGUAAGGAGGAGGAGGUUCUCACUGAGCAGCAGCUCUGGAACCAGGAGAGGAGCUCCAGUCUGGACCAGGAGGAACCAGAACCUCCACAGAUUAAAGAGGAACAGGUGGAACUCUGCAGCAGUCAGGAGGGAGAGCAGCUGGUACUGAAGGAGGAGACUGAUACCUUUAUGGUGACUGCUGUUUAUGAGGAAAGCGAUCUAAUUGAACCAGAACCAGACAGGGAGCAGCUCCUGUCUCACAGCUUUGCUGUAGCUGAGAGCAGAGAUCAGGAAGGAAGCAGGAGUGUAGAUUCGGGACCAUCUAGAGUUACGAACAGAAUUCACAGUAAUAAUGCAUCAAACUCUCGCAUGUCAGUGAGUCAGGGUACCUCGGAAACAGGUAAAAAGUCUUUAAAAUGCGAUGUUUGCGGAAGAGCCUUUAAGAAAAAAUGCCAAGUAAAAGAGCAUCGUAAAAUCCACACAGGUGAGAAACCGCAUUCUUGUAAAAUAUGUGAGAGAAGUUUUACUCAGAAGAGUACUAUGCUGCGCCACAUGAUAAUCCACACAAAAGAGAAGUCGUACUCCUGCCAAACGUGUGGAAAAACCUUCAGUCAGAGUGGAAAUCUGUAUGUCCACAUGAGAAUUCACACAGGGGAGAAACCAUAUUCAUGUAAAACAUGCGGGAAAAUGUUUGCCCGUAGUAAUCAUAUGUUACGCCACAUGAAAACUCACGCAGGGGAGAAGUCGUAGGCUGAAAUGUUUCUCCAUGACUGCUAAUCCAAGCUGGAAAAACCAUCUAAGAAUUCCUUCAUGUUCAGUCAGCUUUGGUAGACUGUGCUCCAGCAAACAUGACAUUAUUGCAUGUGGGAUUGGUCACAUGAUAUCUGUUUUCAUAUCACAUAAUAUCUGUGAUGAGGCUUCAUGAUUCUUAGAGAAUUUAUUAGUUUGGAUUUUUUUUCUUUUGGAAACUGUCACAUCGAGUCUUUGAAUUGAAUAUUAAGUUUGUUUUUGCUGUGUUAGCAUGAAUUAGAGAUAGUAUGUCCUGAUAUAAGACAAUAUAAAGACUGGCCACUGAUGAUGAUGAUGAUUCUGCUGCAGCGGUUGCCUGAGUAGCAUCCUGCGGCUGCAGUCAGUAAGCCAUGUUGUCCCUGAGGGGCGGGUCCAGCUGCUGCCAUCAGCUGGCCAAUAGGAAUGAAGUUCUUCUCUAUUUUACUUUAAAUGCUGUGUGUGUUUUGGGGGUUUCUUUGAGACUGGAAGAAAAGGUUACCUGUUGGAGUCUUUCACCAACCUGUAAGUGUUUCCUGUGGGUGUGGGUGUUGGUGUGUUUUGGGCAGUUGUGAACAAAAGCUUCUGCAGGAUUUUGUCACAGCAAAGAUAAAAAAAAAGUAGCAGCAAUUCAUCAACUUUUGAAAAAGCAGCUCCUCAAAGUUCUUCCCAACCAGAGUCGCAUAAACUGUGUUUUUACUUUAUUUUGCUUUCUUUGUGCAGCUGAACAUCACUGAAAAAAAUGCUUUGAAUUUUUCUGAGCCAUAAUAAUGUUUGAUAUGCAGCUAUUUAAACAGCAACUAACAUUGAAUACCUUUGCAUUUUAUAUGGAUCUCAGUGGUGUAAAGUUUGUUUGACUGCAGCCUCCGAAUCCAGGUUAUCACACUGAACUCAAGCUGGAUGUGAAAAAAACAUUUUAGUUCUCUAAAGUCAAAAUAAAAACUUUUGAAAAAUGAAACUGAGACGCUUUUGUGAACUUGGAAAACUAAAAUAACAUCAAAUCGUACAGGAAAUAAUCUUAAUUUGUUAUCAGGAUCAUGAACAGUCCAAAAACUCAAGUGAAGCC